AUGGUUAGAGGGGUCUUUGAUUUCAAUUUUGGUAUUUUUGAGAUGUUAAAUGAGCUAACAAUAACAUUAACAGAACCACCAGAUAUUUCUGAGUCAAAUGACAAUUCAAUUUCGCAGAAUAAUGAUGAUCAAGACGAUAAAGAAAAUAAAACACUUAAAAAUCAAAGUAUUAGAGAAAGUUCACAUGAGAGUGAAGAAGACUAUUAUAACAAUAUGAAAAUUGCAAUCGAUCUCUCAAAUUUACACAUCAAAAAACUCACAUUAAUUUCGUGUAAUGAUUGUGACAUUAAAAUACCAACGACUACAACUUCUCUUUCUAUUGCAACAAGUCAUGGAUGUCAUAUAACGUCAUCUUCUCUCUGUUUCCUUGACAAAUUUGAUAUCGACAAACAUUCAUAUUGUAUUUAUUGUACCAACAUCCGAUACAAUCACAAAGUGGCUGUCUAUAAUUACAACUGGCGGUGUAUGUGUAUCGAGUGUGAUGAAUAUCGUGCGCUUACUGAUGUACCAAAUGACGGUGUUGUUCUGACGCGGUUAUAUCGAAAUUUUGAUUGUCGAAAUGACCCGACGUAUCAUGCCACGGAGCUUGGAACGAUGUUUCUUAGUGCAAAUACAGAACACGAGUGUAAUUCUUGGUAUUGCGUGACAACUCAAAUUAAAAAUAUCCAACACGGCGCGUUUAAAAAUUGGAAACUAGGCAGAUGUGUUGUGAUCAAAGCGCCACUUUUAAAGAUCCCCAAUGAAUGUUUUACAAACAGCGAAAACAUUGAGGAAAUUGUUCUUCCACCGACUAUUCAAACACUCGGAAAAAGAGCGUUUUAUAAUUGUAAAAGUCUGAAAACUAUUAAUAUUCCAAGCAAUGUCAAAUGUCUUGGAAACAAACUCUUUUGUGGGUGUUCAAGUUUGUCAUACAUCCAACUUCCAAGUGCAAUCACAAAAAUCGAAAAAAUGUGUUUUAAAAAUUGCAAAAAUUUAAAAACCGUCGAGACACAAAACAAAAUUGUGGUAUUGGGUGAAGACUGCUUUGCCGGGUGCGAAUCUCUAAAACUCGAUUUUUCUUUUAUAAUUGAAAAUUCUUCACCAAUCGAAUUAUCAAAAUGCCACUUCAAAAAAUGUAAGUGGUUGACUUCAUUUGACAUUCCAUCGUCUGUGACACACAUUGGAGACGACUGUUUCUUUGGGUGCACCGGGUUAACAGAAAUGACUAUUCCCAACACAGUAAUUUCCAUGGGAAGUCGUGUAUUCAACGAGUGUAGUAAUUUAAAAACAUUAUACGUUUCUGAUGGAAUACAAAUGGCUAAACACUGGUUUAAUGGAUUAAAUAACAUCGAAACUCUUCAUUUACCAUUGUGUGUUGAUAAACUGUGUGAUUUCAGAUUUUUUAAUAUGAAAAUGUUGAAAUCAGUAAAUCUUCCAAACACGUUGAAAACCGUUGGAAUUGGAUGUUUUAAAGGAUGUGUAUCACUCACAACAAUAAUAAUACCUGACAGUGUCUCUUAUAUUCCAACUUCAUGUUUUGAGGGAUGUGGCUUGGUUAAAUUAGUAUGUAAGGCGAAGCGAUUUGGCAACAAAUGUUUUUACGAUUGUGAAGAUUUGGAAGAAGUUUUUACAGAGGCGGAUACCGCUGGUGACGAAGCCUUCAUGAAUUGUAUAAAUCUCGUUAAAUUCAUUAAUAACGGAAAUUUUUCUGUUGGAAAAGGGUGUUUUAAAAACUGUGGGAAACUUAAAAAAUUUGUUGGUAAAAUAAAAAA